AUGAAGCCCGCUGUGAAGUCCCAGUCCCGAGGGGAGAGCAAAGUUCCCUCUUGUUUCAUUCGGCUUCGAAACCGCCGGAUGGAGUUGGGGAAACUGAAUCCAUUUCUCCGUGAUUCUGGUCCAAACCACAAAACUGCCGCAAGUGAGGAGAGAACCUCUGGUCAUUAUUUCCUUAUUGGACAUGUUUACAGGGGUGUGGAAACAUUGGGAAAGGAACUUUUUAUGUAUUUUGAUCAGAAGGCUUUGAGGAUUCACUUUGGUAUGAACGGUUCCAUGUGCAUCAAUCCUGAUGGAAGCAAAGACAGAAAUGGAGCCCUACCAGUUUUGGAGCUACAGCUUACAGAAGAUACAGUUUGUUUUUAUAAUGUGACAGCAGAGUAUAGAAAUGCAGCAGAGAGUGAGCAGAAAGUGAGAAUGAUGGAAAGCUUGGAUGUCUGUUCUCCAAAGUUUAGCUUCUCAAGAGCAGAAAGUGAGGUUAAGCAGCAGAAAAACCGCCUGUUGUGUGAUGUGUUACUGGAUCAAGCAGUAUUGCCUGGAGUAGGAAAUAUCAUAAAAAAUGAAGCACUGUUUGACAGUGGUCUCCAUCCAGCUGUUAAGGUUUGCCAACUGACAGAUAAGCAAAUAUGUCACUUGGUGAAAAUGACACGUGAUUUUAGCCAGCUUUUUUAUAAGUGUCGCAAAACUGGGUCUCCGCUCUACAAACACUACAAAGUGUACAAGCGCCCAACCUGUGGUCAGUGCAAUGGGAAGAUCACUGUGUGUCGUUUAGGAGAGAAUAACAGGAUGACUUACUUCUGUUCUCAAUGUCAAAAGGUGGAUCCCCAGCUUGUCAAUGUUAGCAAACUGCCAACUAGAAACAGCCUAAUUGGCUGGGCAUAUGGCAGGGAGUCAUCUUGCAAUGAACAUGUAGCUCAGAAAUCUGAAGAGGAGUGGAUAUGUGUGCGCUGUACCCUAAUAAAUAAGCCUUCUGCUGAAAUUUGUGAUGCCUGUUUGACUUCAAGGCCUGAAGUUCCAAAGACAGAGAAUGUUGAAGAUUCUGCAGCUUUAAAUGCAAACUUACUGAAGUACCCUUGUAAUGAUUUCAGAAAACCAAGUACAGAAAUAAAGAUCAAUAGGAAAGCUGCAUUUGGAACUACAACUCUUGUCUUAACAGAUCUUGGUAACAAAGCUGUUUUGAGAAAUGAUACCCAGACAUCUGAUGCACACUCUCAGUGUGUUGCUCCAAAAAGCAACUGUAGCCAGAUCCAAAACAAUGUCUACCAGUCAGGGGGAAGCACAGACAAGGAUUGCUCAACACAAGUAACUGCUAUGGCUUUGUCCUCCUGUCAGCAACCUCUCUCUUUCAAACACAUACAGAAGAAACAGAAAACUGGUCAUCUACCCUCUGUUCACCAAUAUAAUGUAGCAACCAGCAAACCUCAAGAUAAUGUGACAGAUGAUACUCGUAUGUUAAGCAUGGACCGUCCUCACUGCAUCAAACACAGCCGCCUCUGCAGCCUCAGAGUUGUGAGAAAGGAUGGAGAAAACAAGGGCAGGCAGUUCUAUAGCUGUCCUCUACCCAAAGAAACUCGGUGUGACUACUUUCAGUGGGCUGACUUGGAUUUUCCAUUUUGUAACCAUGGCAAACGAUGUGUUAUGAAGACUGUGUUGAAGAUUGGUCCCAAUAAUGGAAAGAACUUUUUUGUGUGCCCUCUUGGGAAGGAAAAGCAGUGUGGCUUUUUCCAAUGGGCAGAAAAUGGGCCAGUUAUGCAGGUUAUUCCUUGA